CACAAACGUUCAGCUACAUACACAUAGAACCACAAACAUGAGUAAGCUCAUCCUUAUCCUUGUCGCAGAAAUUUUCCUCCUCACUGCCAUUGCUUCGGGUGGAGACUUCGCAAGAACCAUGAACAAAAGAUUCAUCGACCUCCCAAAACAUGAGACACUCACCCAUCUCCGGCUCUAUUGGCACGACUCUACAGGCGGUCAAAAACCUAGCUCCGUCAGGAUCCAACAACCUGUCUCGAACUCGUCCUUGUUCGGAUCCGUCUCCAUGAUGGACGAUGCGUUGACAACGCAUGUGCUGAGGAACUCGACUGUGGUUGGUCAGGCCCAAGGGAUUUAUGCUGGAGCGGCCCAAGGAGAGAUAGGUUUCUUGAUGGUGAUGAACUUUGCUUUCACGACCGGGAAGUAUAACGGGAGUACGAUCACGAUUCUUGGUAGGAACGCUGCUAUGGAAAAGGUUAGGGAAAUGCCUGUGGUCGGAGGAAGCGGUAUGUUCCGGUUUGCUAGGGGUUAUGUCGAGGCUCGGACCAAGCUUUUUGAUCUCGAGUCCGGUGUAGCCAUUGUUGAGUAUAACUGUUAUGUCUUGCAUUACUGAUAACUAUGUUGUGCGUUUGUAAUGUUUUUAAGUAACAUUUGCAUCUGAUGAAUGUUAUUGUUUGCUUUCCUUUUUGUUGUUGUAUGUCAUGUUGUGUACCGUGGUCUGAUCGUUGUGGGAGUGUUCUUGUUUUCUGUGAAUAAAUAAACUGAAGUUGUAAAAUAUAUUGAACAAGCCAUUUUGG